AGGUCCAGUGCAACAGUGCUUUCGAUCCGGUCUAGCCUCAACCAACCUGUCUGGGAAAUACUUUGAAUAGAGUGUGCUGCUUCUACUGUACUAGCCAUGGCUGUUGGGUGCAUUCUCAGAGUGUCUUGGUUUUGUUUGUUGCUGUUUGGUGGCAGUCUUCCUUUUCCAUCAAUGAAGGGUGACAGAUAUACCUCCAAGACUGACCAUCCUGAAAUUGGGGGUGAUAAAGAUGACAAGCUACAAACUUCUCAUACUCUGAGGUUUGAGGCAUAUAGCCUAGCAAAAGGAUAUUCAGACCGAAGCAAAAAAGUCCCACUAGCUGCAGCUCCAAAGCAGGCACUGUUGAACCCCGAGGAAGGGGCGAGGAUCCAGGGAGGCAGAGCUGUGGAGUUUGGACAGAAAAAUGCUGAGAUUGAAGACCAGAAACUUCCUCUAAACCCUGCCAACCAGCAUGAUUACUCUUUUGAGGAGCAGAGGGGCAGCGCAAAGCCUCAGUUCCCUAAGCCUUCUACCAAACCAUCUUCAGAACUGGCAGGCUCUGACCUUAUCCCUCCUACUCCAUAUCUGUUGAUGGACGAUGGUGCAUUCAGUAGUGGUCCUACUUUGGAGUCUAAACAAGUGUCUAAAAGUGGCGGGUACUUUAAUCCUACCCAGAACCUCAACUUCCAGGCUGGUGAACAAGAGGGCUCACACUUCUAUGCGGACCAGCCAAGAAGUCGGUCCUCUGCUUCCUACAUGACCGGAGGAGGGGAGCCAGUAUUCUCCAUUAAUUCAGGUAACAUAGCGCCGACCAUUAGCGCACAGACUCUGCAGGCUGACGUAGUAUCUAGAACUGACACUAAAGGGGGUUACUCCAGCUCUGCGCUGUACCUCGAUGUCCAGGCUGGUUCACAAAGCUAUUCCCCUAACCUGGUCUAUGAGGAUGUUUUUCAUUACCCUGCUGCUGAAACUGCACAGCUUCCUUCAGAAGAGAGUGACCUCUCUGACUACAACUCGGUGAAUGUGGUCCAGCCAAGCACUUGGUCUUCUGCUCCUUACAUGACUAGAGAGGAGCCGGUAUUAAGUAACUGGGCCCACGCCGCUCCGAACAUUAGCGCACAGAUCCUGGAGGCUGAAGUAGUACCUAGAAUUGACACUAAAGGGGGUUACUCUAGCUCUUCACUGCACCUUGACCUCCCAGCUGGUGUACAAGAAGGUUCACAAAGCUAUUCCACUAACCUUGUCUAUGAGGACUUUUCUCAAUACCCAGCUGCUGAAACUGCACAGCUUCCUUCAUCAGAUGAUGACCCCUACACCUAUGACUCUGUGAAUGCGGAACAGCCAAGCAGUUGGUCCUCUGAUCGUUACAUUACCAGAGAAGAGACGGUAUUCUCCAGUAAUGCAGGUGACUGGGCCCAGGCCGCUCUGAACAUUGGCGCACAGAUCCUGGAGGCUGAAGCAGUACCUAGUAUUGACACUAAAGGGGGUUACUCUAGCUCUUCACUGCACCUUGACCUCCCAGCUGGUGUACAAGAAGGUUCACAAAGCUAUUCCCCUAACCUUGUCGAUGAGGCUGUUUAUCAAUACCCUGCUGCUGAAGCUGCACAUCUUCCUUCAGAAGAGAGUGACCUCUCCGACUACAACUCUGUGAAUGUGGUCCAGCCAAGCACUUUGUCUUCUGCUCCCUACAUGACUAGAGAAGAGGAGCCGGUUUACGUCAGUAAUUCAGGUGACUGGGCCCAGGCUGCGCAGACCAUUAGCGAACAGCCUCUGGAGGCUGAAGCAGUACCUAGUACUGACACUAAAGGGGGUUACUCUAGCUCUUCACUGCACCUUGACCUCCCAGCUGAUGUACAAGAAGGUUCACAAAGCUAUUCCCCUAACCUUGUUGAUGAGGCUGUUUAUCAAUACCCUGCUGCUGAAACUGCACAGCUUUAUUCAGAGGGGGUUGACGCCUCCAAGUAUGACUCUAUGAACGCAGUCCAGCCAAGCACUUGGUCCUCGGCUUCCUACAUGACCAGAGAAGAGGAGCCGGUAUUCUCCAGUCAUACAGGUCACUGGGCCCAUGUUGCUCCUGUGGAAACCCCUGCCUAUCCAAGCGAUGUGGCUGAUUUCGUCUUGGACUCGACUUCAAGUAAAGCCGCUGCACAACCAGUCCUCUUCAAGCCACUGAAGAAGGCUCCUCAGCUGCCCAGCUCCAAGUGGCUUCAGAGGCCAAAGAAGGUGAGGGACCAGACUGCAUCUACCUACAUUGUCCAAUCCAAGGGCUCACACCGCCGAAGCCGCCAGAUGUUAUCCAAGAAGAAGUACUUCAGCGGUUUCCCUCCACUGCCCCCAUUCGUGCUUAUGGCUCUGAGACCGUAAGGGGUAAAUGGUGACCACUUGGACAUUAAUCAAUUGUGUAUUUUUCCCGCUUGCUUAUGGAUUUCUACACUGACUAUACCUUCAGUAAUGCUUCGCACUGUCAGCAUAAAAGCUUGUUCCCUGUAAAGAAUAAACAAAAUGUAACUAUUUAAACUUGA